GGUUAGCGCUUCUCCGAGUUACUGACAGUUACGGACCACCAUAGUAGUAUUAAUCAUUCAUAGCAGCAGCAUUCCUUCUACUUUCCAAUAAUGUCUCCUCCAACUCCAACUCCAACUCUGCACGAUGUCUUCCUCAGCUUCCGAGGUGAAGACACUCGCAACGGUUUCACCGGUCAUCUUUACGCCGCUCUAUGCCGUGAAAACAUCAAUACUUUCAUUGAUGACAGACUCAACAGAGGUGACCACAUUUCGGAUUCUCUUCGCAAAGCAAUUGAGGAAUCAGCUAUCUAUGUUAUCGUUUUUUCCGAACACUAUGCCUACUCCACUUGGUGCUUGGAUGAACUAACACAGAUCCUGGAGUGCAAAGAAAAGUUUGGAAGGUUGGUGAUACCAAUUUUCUACAAGGUGGAUCCGUCUAAUGUCAGGCAUCAAAGAGGAAGUUAUGCUGAUGCGUUUGUUAAGCACGAGAAGCGAUUUAAGGAAGAGUUGAUACUGAAAUGGAAGGCUGCUCUAACCCAAGUUGCUGGAUUCUCUGGUUGGGAUUCAAAGAACAGACAUUUUGAAUACCUUCUCGUUGAAGAAAUUGCUAAAGAUAUCAGGAGAAAGUUGUACCGUUCUCCUUUUACGCUGAGUGAUUGUCAAGGACAGAUUGGAAUUCACAAGCAUGUUGCACAAAUCAAAUCUAUUUUGCAUGUUGAGGCUACAGAUGUUCGGAUCAUAGGAAUUUGGGGCAUUGGAGGAAUAGGCAAGACAACAAUUGCUAGUGCAGUAUAUAAAAACUUGGCUCCUCAGUUCAGUUCCAGCAGCUUUGUUGAAAAAGUUCACGAAGAAAUAGAAAGAUUUGGAAUACGUCACGUAAAAAGCAAUUAUUUAUCUGAGUUACGGGCAAAGGCUCUCCUUAUUCUCGAUGACGUGAACAAUUCGGGUCAACUUAAAGAUUUAAUUGGAGGGCGUGAUGCCUUUGACCAGGGAAGUAGAAUCAUUGUGACUAGUAGAGACAUGCAAGUGCUUAAGAAUGUAGAUGCUGAUGAAAUAUAUGAAGUGGAUGAGAUGAGUUUUCAAGAAUCUCUACAACUCUUCAGUUUCCAUGCCUUCAAACAAAACUAUCCUAUAGGAGCUUAUAUGGGAUUAUCAGAGAAGGUAUUAAAUUAUGCCAAAGGGAUCCCAUUAGCUCUCAAAGUUUUGGGCUUAUCACUUCAAAAUAGAACGGAGGAAGAAUGGGAGAGUGCUUUGGGGAAGUUGAAAAAGCAACCUGAAGGUGAAAUUUUUGGUGCCUUGAAAUUAAGUUAUGAUAGACUUGAUGAUGAGGAGAAGGAUAUAUUUCUUGAAAUAGCUUGCUUCUAUAGAGGACAUGAUAUGAAUACUGUCAAACAAAUACUAGAUAGCUGUGGUUUCUCGGCUACUAUUGGAAUGAGAGUUCUCAUUGAUCGGGGCCUUAUAUCUAUUCUAAAAGGUGAAAUUGUGCUGCACGAUUUGAUACACGAAAUGGGACUUGAAAUUGUUCGUCAACAAUGUGUAAAUGAUCCUGGAAAACGCAGCCGACUGUGGAAACACGAGGAUGUUUAUCAUGUUUUAAGAAAGAACAAGGGGACAGAUUCUGUGCAAUGUAUAUUUCUUGACAUGUGCCGAAUCAAAGAAGUUCAACUGAAUCCUCAAACUUUCAAAAUGAUGCACAAUCUAAGACUGCUGCAGUUCUAUAAAUCUAGCAAAAAUCAAGGCUCAAAUGUGUACAUUCCAUCAUUUCUUCUUAGUCUUCCAGAUGAUUUAAGAUUUCUUCGCUGGGAUGCCUUCCCUCAAAGAUCUUUGCCGCUGGAUUUUUCUCCAGAAAAUCUUGUUCAACUUGAUAUGCGUGACAGUCAACUUGAACAACUUUGGGAGGGAGAUCAGCAUUUACCGAAUUUGAAAAAGCUUGAUCUUAGUGGUUCUCGAAAACUGAUUCGAAUACCAGACCUAUCAGGAUGCCCAAACAUUGAAGAAGUAAUUCUUAGUGAAUGCAAAGAGUUGGUUCAAGUUUACUCUUCUGGUUUUCUCAGCAGGCUAAAAUGUUUAUGGUUAAAUGGUUGUGUUGAGCUUAGGAGUUUAAUCAUUCCUAGCAAUAUUCUCUCGAGGUCUUUAGGAUUAAUAGUUCUAUAUAAUUGUUGCAACCUUAAGAUGUUUUCGGUCAGUAGUACAAACACGGGGUUCUAUCAUAUGGUUGCUCACGUGCUAGAACACGAAGGGAUAGCAUACACAGAAACAUUUUGCCCGGGAAAUUGGCACUCGGCAUCAACCAACAACCUAGUUCCAUAUUUGAGAAAUUCUCAUAUACUAUUGACCCUCUUGUCUCUGAUGAGUUAA